AUGGGUUUUCCCGAGAAGUUCCCCAGCCUCCCGCGCCCGGCAAUCCUCCGGCCUCGCCGGCUGCCGUCCUUCAUCCUCACAGCCACGGCAUUCUGCAUGGUGCUUUUCUACACCCUCCUCUCCCUCGCGCCCUGCAUGAUCCCCUCAAGCACCUGCUACCGGGGCUUCGCCAGCAGCUGGUCUUUCGAUGCCUCGACCGUCCAGCACGCGGACUGGAUGGCCUCCAUCCCGGACGACACGCCCAUUACGAGCCUCAGCAUCCCCGGCACGCACGACACCAUGACCUACAACAUGACGGACAAUAUCAAGCUGCAGUGCCAAAAUGCAAACCUGACGACCCAGCUAGAGAGCGGCCUGCGCUACUUUGACAUUCGCGCGCGGCUCGAGGACGACAAGCUGAGGAUAUAUCACGCCAAUGGCUUCACGGGGUUCGAGUACGACGAGGUCCUGCUGGCCAUGUUUGACUUUCUGGACGCCCACCCCAGCGAGGCCAUUGUCAUGCGGCUCAAGGAGGAGGGGAAACCAAUCGGCAAGGCCAACACGCGGACGUUUGAGGAGACGUUCAACUACUACCUCGACUCGUCCCCCGAGACGGCCGCGGGCGCGCAGUCGCACCUCUACCUCUACGACCGCAUCCGCCCAAUCCCGACGCUGGGCGAGCUGCGCUCCCGCAUCUUCCUGCUCCAGAACUUCAAGACGGGGAACGCCAAGCCGUAUGGCCUGGCCUGGGAGGGCGACCAGAUGGUGCUGGAGGACUACUGGAUCAUCCCUGACAUCUACCAUCUGGCGGACAAGUGGACGGCGAUCCGCGACGCCCUCAUGGACGCCGCCACUGCGCCGCUCGACAACAAGAAGCUCCACCUCGCGCACGUCUCCGCCUCGGUGGGCGUGCUGCCCAUCGAGGCCGCCGCCGGGCCUAGGAACAGGACCGUCGUGGGUAUGAAUGACAUGACGGGCCAGUGGCUGCGCGACUUUGAAAAGGUCGAGGGCGUCUCGAGGACAGGCAUUGUGAUCCUCGACUUUCCCGGGCGUCGACUGGUCGAGGCCAUACUGGACUGGAACAAGCGGCUGAUGGCCUAG